CGCCGACAUGAAGAGCUACGUGGCCAUUAUCCUGGUGUGGAGCGCCCUGGUGGCCUCCUCCAUGGCUGCUUCUAUAGACAUGCCCGAGAUCCAUACCCAAAGUCAGUUAGUCGGAGCAUCGGUGAGUUCGGCGAAAGGCCGUGAUCUAAGCCUCAUCGAUCCCAAUGUCAUGGGCAAGGGAAAGCCGACCCCCGAGGAGGAGAAGAACGCCCAGUUCUGGUACGACCUGGCCCACGAGGAGAUCGCCAAGCGGCUGGAGCUGCCGCAACUGGACAAGAGGAGGGCCAAGAACGUGAUCAUGUUCCUGGGCGACGGCAUGUCCUUGUCCACGGUGGCAGCCGCCCGCAUCCACAAGGGCCAGUUGAAGGGCAAUCCAGGCGAGGAGGAUUCCCUGAGCUUCGAGAAGUUCCCCUACACCGGUUUGAGCAGGACCUACUGUGCCAAUGCCCAGGUGGCCGACUCUGCCUGCACUGCCACAGCCUAUUUGUGUGGCGUGAAGGCCAAUAUCGUGGCUCUGGGAGUUACGGCGGCAGUGAACUUCAACAACUGCAGCGGCAGCGAGGAUCCGGCCAACCGGGUGGAGUCCAUCGCCGCCUGGUCUCAGGCUGCCGGAAAGGCCACUGGCAUCGUGACCACCACCACGCUGACCCACGCCAGUCCGUCGGGAGCGUACGCCAAGACCACUAACAGAUUCUUCGAGAGCGAUACGGAUAUCCUGACCUACGGCGAGGGCCAAAAUGAUCCGGCCACCUGCACGGACAUCGCCACCCAACUGAUCACUCAGUCGCCGGGCAAGAACUUUGACGUGAUGCUGGGCGGCGGAAUUGGCAAGUUCCUGCCCAACACCAUUACGGAUCCGUUCAACAAGAAGGGAGAGCGCUCCGACGGAGUGAAUCUACUGUCCCGCUGGCAGGGUCUGCAUCCCGGCGGAGUUUUGGCCUACAAUCGCGACCAGCUGCUGAGCGUGAAUGCCUCGCGGAUCACCAGUCUGAUCGGCACGUUCCGGUCGGGCGUGAUGAGCUUCCACAAGCUGGCCAAUCCCAAGGAGGAGCCCACUCUGGCGGAGAUGACGCGCAAGGCCAUCGAGGUGGUCAGCAAGGACGAGGACGGCUACUUCCUGUUUGUGGAGGGUGGUCUGAUCGACUACGGCAACCACUUCAACUCACCCACCUAUUCGCUGGACGAGACGCUACAGUUCGAGCAGGCGGUGGCGGAGGCUCUGGGAAUGACCGAUCCCGAGGAGACCCUGAUCGUGGUCACCUCCGAUCACGCUCAUCCGCUGACCAUCUCUGGCUAUCCUGGCAGGGGAACCCCCAUCCUGGGACUCAACCAGCAUGACACCGAUGUGAACGGUGUCAAGUACGCCACGCUGAACUAUGCCGUGGGUACGAAGCAGUACCUGGACGAGCAUGGCCAGCGCAUCGAUCUUACCGAUCAAAUUGGAGCGGAAGACUUCAUCCAUCCCAGCUAUAUCCACGGUAGAAUCGGCGUACAUGCUGGCGAUGAUGUGGGAAUCUUUGCCACUGGCCCCCAAAGUCAUCUCUUCAGUGGAAUGAUGCAGCAGAGCACCAUUCCCCACCUGAUGGCCUACGCCUCGUGUGUCGGCAAUGGACCCACUCUAUGUGACAACAAUGAAGACUAGAAUUCCAAUGAACAUUUUAAAUAGAGUAUUUGAAAAGCA